AUGGCAGGUAAUUGUGGAGGAAAAAAAAAGACUACACAGAAAAGUGGGAAAUCCACAACAGCUCAUGUUGCUGAAGAGCAUGUGGAAGAAUUAUCAGACGGAAACAAUAGUGAUGAUCUAUGUGAACCCCCCUCUGAGGGAAUGAAAGGCCUAAAAAGAAAGCGUCCAUCUACUGGAGCUGGAAAGGCGGUAUCAAAUGGGAAUGAGCCGGUUAGAGAAGAGACUAAUCCAGUGAGAGGAACGACUGUAGUUUCGCUCUCACUUGAUACCAAAACUGAAGGAAUGUCUGCUGCUUCCUCCAAUGAAAGGCAACCACCACAGCCCCUUGAAAUGUACUUCAAGAACACACAGUACCUGAAGACUUGCAAGAUUCAGACCAAGUGCCGUGUGAAGAAGACGGUUGAUGUGAUUAAGGAACUUAAGGAGGAGGUCGGCUGGAGAAGAUGCUGCAUGGUUUGCGGUGAAUGGUGUGCCCAUCCGCUACUCUAUGAGGAGCAUGCCCUCAUCUCUGGCUUGGACUGCCAUGAGUAUCCGAGUGGACAUUUGAAGCUUGAGGGUACUAAGUUUGUGGAUUAUAACUUCGGUAAUAAGAAGAAGAUCACCAUAGAAGAUGUGAAGCAGAAGCUGCAAUCUAUGGGGACGGCAUGUAACGAUAGAUUGAAGAUGGCUGUCCUGUUCUUCCUUGGUCGGAUUAUCAGAGGUAAGACGGAGGAUUCUGCAGCAUUAAACCAGUUCAUCUUAAGGAUAGGGGACGAUUUGGAUGUUUGCAGAAAAUUUCCUUGGGGUCGUCUAACAUUUGAGGAUGCAAUAACGGAGAUUAAGCAUGUAAUGGAGCUUUUGAAGGACGGCGCCAGUGGAGAUUGUCCUAGGAUGUGCAAGAGUCAGUUUACAAAGAGUAGAAUGAAGGGUUAUCCUUUGGAAGAUACAUAUGCUGCGGUUGGAAAGACAAAGGUUAUUAACAGUGUGUUGGUUUCAAUGGUGGAUGAGGAAACUUUUCUGGCUCGUAUCAUUGAUCUGGAGCCAGAGUAUCACCGUGAGGGUAGCACAAGUGAUAGGUGGAACUACUCGCUAAAUUUUACAAAGACGGAAGAGAAAGAAAAGGUGAAGAUUGUAGAAGGUUCAUCCUUUAAUUAUGGUUUGGAGUCGAUGUUGAAAGGUGUGGAAAAGAGGAUUGUGAAGGCCAUGGAAGAAGGAUUUUCUGGAAUUAAUUUAACGGUAGAGACAAAGCUGGAGGCUAUGAACUGGAUUAUGGGUAAACUUGAGAAGAACCAGCGAGUUUUGCAGAAAAAUGCCAAGAAAAUAGAAGACAGGUUGACUUCUAUUGAAAACAAGAGAAAUGAGGGUGAGAAAUAUAUACAGUGGAAUGAUUUUGAUUAUGGUAGAGAUCAUGGGAAGUAUAGAGACAUGGCUGAGGCAGAGAAAGAUAAAGAGCAGGCUGAGACAGGGAAGAAAAACAGUGAGAAGGGUGAGAAAGACGAGGAAAACAGUGGGAAAGAUGAGAAAGACGAGGAAAACAGUAAAAAUAGUGAGAAAGACGAGGAAAACAGUGAGAAGGGUGAAGAAGAGGAAGAGCAAGAACCUGAAGUUCUACACGCACCCACAGGUUCUUGCUCUUCCUCUUCUUCACCCUUCUCACUGUUUUCCUCGUCUUUCUCACUCUUUUCACUGUUUUCCUCGUCUUCCUCAUCAUUCCCACUGUUUUUCUCGUCUUUCUCACCCUUCUCACUGUUUUUCUUCCCUGUCUCAGUCUUCUCUUUAUCCUUCUCUGCCUCAGCCAUCUCUCUAUCCUUCCCAUAA